UCUUUGAGCCUGGAAUGGGGUCUGCAGGCCUGGCCCGGCUGCAUGGGCUUUUCGCGACCUACAAGCCUCCGGGUCUAAAAUGGAAGCACCUGCGGGACACCGUGGAGAUGCAGCUUUUGAAAGGUCUCAACGCUGGGAAGCCUCCUGCCCCUGAACAGCGUGUACGCUUCCUCCUGGGCCCCAUGGAAGGCAGCGAGGAGAAGGAACUGACCCUCACAGCCACUAGUGUGCCCACCCUCACCAAACAUCCUCUGGUGUGCGGACCAGAAUUCACCAGUCUGAAGGUUGGUGUGGGACACCGGCUAGAUGCCAAGGCUUCUGGGGUGCUUGUGCUCGGCGUGGGACGCGGACGCAGGCUUCUCACCGACAUGUACAAUGCUCAUCUCACCAAGGAUUACACAGUGCGUGGCCUCCUGGGCAGAGCCACAGAUGACUUCUGUGAGGAUGGGCGGCUGGUGGAGAAGACGACGUAUGACCACGUGACCAGAGAGAAGCUGGACCGAAUCCUGGCAGUGAUCCAAGGCUCCCAUCAGAAGGCCCUGGUGAUGUACUCCAGUGUAGACUUGAAGACCCAGGAGGCUUAUGAGAUGGCAGUGAGAGGCUUGAUCCGGCCCAUGAACAAGUCCCCGAUGCUGAUAAGCAGUAUCCGAUGCCUCCACUUUGCACCUCCAGAAUUCCUCUUAGAGGUUCAGUGUAUGCACGAGACGCAGAAGCAGCUACGUAAGCUGGUGCAUGAAAUCGGCCUGGAGCUAAAGACCACCGCUGUCUGUUCGCAAGUGCGGCGCACACGUGAUGGCUUCUUUAUGCUGGAUGAUGCCCUGCUGAGGACCCAGUGGGACCUACACAGCAUCCAGGAUGCUAUCCAGGCUGCAGCCCCCCGAGUGGUAGCAGAGCUGGAGAAAAGUUUGAGGCCAGUGCUGGGCACCCAGCAGCUCGCAGAUCCAGCAGCCUGGGACUCCGCAGGGCCAGACUCCACCUGGGGGCUGAAGAGCUGCAAGGGUCAUUGAAAGGCCAGGUAGCUGGUGAAGCAGUGGGUGGCGGAAGGAUAAGACCUAUUCAUGAACCAGAACUGAUGGCUGUGCAGAAAGUAAGUGAGAGUAGAAGACGCUUUUCUACACGUGACAUAAAACUCUGAAGCUGUAAGAGAAGAGAUUAACGGACUUGGCCCACCUGGGAACCUGACAAAUACUUCCUCAGCCAGGUGUCAUAAAUCAUGUUGUAGUGUGUACCUUUCAUAUGAUGUGAUGAAAAUGGGACUUCUGUGGUGUUCCUCCUAAUAACCCAUAACACCAGCCUAAUCAUGAGAAGAACGUCAGACAAAUUCCAAUAGGGGACAUACUACAAUACACCUGACCAGUAAUCCUCAAAACUGUCGUGAUCAUCAAAACCAAGGAAAGUCUGAGAAGCUGCCACUGCCAAGAGGAGCCUGAGGAGACAUGAUGACUAAAUGUAAUGUGGUGUUCUGGGAUCCUGAAACAGAAAAAAGACAUUAGGUAAAACUAAGGAUAUCUGAAUAAGUGUGGACUUCAAUUAAUAGUAAUGUGUAUCAAUUGUUACGUGGAGUCGAUUUUGACUCAUAGUGACCCCAUGUGACUGUAGAGCUGCCUUGUAGGGUUUUCUAGGCUGUAAUCUUUACAGGAGCAGAUUGCCAGAUCUUUCUCCCACAGAGCCACUGGAUGGGUUUGAACUGCCAGUCUUUUGGUAGCAACAGAGUGCUUAACCAUUGUGCUGCCAGGGCUCCUUGAUGUAUCAAUAUUGGUUUGUUAAUUGUAGCAAACGUAUCAUACCAAUGUAAGAUGAAAAUAAUAGGGGAAACUGGGUAUAGGUAUGGAAACUGUACUAUAGUCUCAGUUUUUCUAUAAAUCUGAAACUGUUCUAAGAAAUAAAGUCUAUUGGGGAAAAAAAGCACCUGGGGAGAUCUUUGAAAAUCCAGAUUCUAGCCCCAGCCCUUGGAUUCUGACUCAGUAGGUCUGGAGUGCAGCCCAGAAAUCUGCAUUUUAGCAAAUUCCCCAAGUGAAUCUGAUACAUGGACUUUAAGAAACAGGGUCUCACAGAGGCCAACUAGAGACUGUCAUUCCAUUCUGGGUGUCAGGAAUAACAUUCAUGGCUAUUUGAGAAGCCAUCUUAGAGUAGCCAACAGCCAUCCUGCAGGGCAGGGGUUAGACAUUCACCUGGGCUGGUCAGUGCUCCCCAGAGCAGUAUUGUCCUGUGGGAGGCAGGUGGCUGGUGGACUGACCAGAAAAGUCCCCAGAGGGCAGGGCAAACCACUCCCCUCCAUCACCACCACUGCUGAAACAGCAG